UGGGACGGGUUCUACAGACCGGCUUUUUGAAAAUGGACUCUCCCUAUGUGGCGGCACGUUGACAAACCACGAAGCUAGCUAGCAUACUACAAGAAGGCCUCUGUUAAACCAAAGAUGCUGAUUUCUGGAGACAUGGCCACAGAACAUAUUAAUGGAAAUGGUCCAGAAGAACCAAUGGAUACCACUGCUGCAGUUACCCAUUCUGAACACUUCCAGACUUUAUUAGAAGCUGGUUUACCACAGAAAGUUGCUGAAAAACUAGAUGAAAUUUACAUAGCAGGUUUAGUAUCUCACAGUGACUUAGAUGAUAGAGCGAUCGAGGCUCUGAAAGAGUUCAACGAAGAAGGUGCUCUGCAAGUUCUGUUGCAGUUCAAGGACAGCGACCUCUCACAUGUCCAGAACAAAAGUGCCUUUCUUUGUGGAGUUAUGAAGACAUACAGACAGAGGGAGAAACAGGGGACCAAAGUCUCAGACUCCAGCAAAGGACCAGAUGAGGCCAAAAUCAAAGCCCUGCUGGAGAGAACUGGCUACACACUUGACGUGACAACGGGUCAGCGGAAGUAUGGAGGUCCUCCCCCGGAGUCGGAUCACUCAGGGACACAGCCCACGAUCGGUACAGAGAUUUUUGUUGGCAAGAUCCCCAGAGAUCUAUUUGAGGAUGAGCUGGUACCUCUGUUUGAGAAAGCUGGGCCCAUUUGGGACCAAAGGCUACAAAAGGCAGAGGAAUUAAAACGAGGCCUCAAAUCUCGACAGGCUCUGUUCAAAAAAGCCAAAUCACAAGGCCAGGCUGCUGUCAAGGCCAGUUUUAUUUUGGCAGAAGAGAUCGCUAAAUCAGCCCGGCCAUUUACGGAGGGGGAUUUCAUCAAAAACUGCAUGAUUAAAGUUUGUGACGAAGUUUGCCCAGAAAAAAGGCAACUCUUUUUAAAUGUGAGUCUGAGCAGAAACACCAUUGCCGAGAGAGUAGACCAGUUGUCCAUCAAUCUAAAAGAGCAGCUUGUGAAAAGGGAAAAGAUUUUAUUGCAUAUUCCUUGGCUGUGGAUGAGAGCACCGACAUUUCUGACAUUGCCCAGUUGUCAAUUUUCAUCCGCGGAGUGGACUCCAACCUAAGCGUGACAGAGGAGU